GUUCCAUUCACAAUCAGAACCUACUUCGAAGUAAAAAAAUAGUUAGAGAUUGUAGAGAUCAGAUAGAGAUUGAUAGAGAGAGAGGAAGAGAGAUCAAACUAAGCGAACAACAUGAUUUCCUACUCUAGAGCUUCGGUUCUCGUCUUAGCUAUGGUGUUGGGGGCCUUCGUUGGGCCACUGGCGGCGCAGGACCCUUCGCAGUUGACGUUGGACUACUACGCGAAGAAUUGCCCGCACGCGCAGGAGAUCAUUCGAGCGGAGGUGGAGUGCGCAGUGCGCACCAACCCGCGCAACGCGGCCCUCCUCCUCCGCCUCCAUUUCCACGAUUGCUUCGUUCAGGGCUGCGACGGAUCGGUGCUGCUCGACGACACGGCGACGCUGAUCGGAGAGAAGCAAGCGGACCAGAACGUGAACUCCCUGAAGGGCUUCGACUUGGUCGACAAGAUCAAGCAAAAGCUCGAAGCCGAGUGCCCCGGAGUCGUCUCCUGCGCCGAUCUGCUCGCCAUUGGAGCUAGAGAUGGAACUGUUCUGCUUGGGGGACCAUACUGGGACGUGCCAGUGGGGAGAUUGGACUCGAAAACGGCGAGCCUGGAUCUAGCCAACUCCGACAUUCCGGCCCCAUCGCAGGGUCUCAUCACCCUCAUCGCCAAAUUCUGGUCUAAGGGCCUCUCCGCUACCGACAUGGUCGCACUCGUCGGAUCUCACACUAUCGGAGUUGCUCGAUGCUUCAACAUCAAGGACCGGAUCUACGGCGACUUCGAACUCACAGCCAAGUUCAACCCAUCCUCAGAACUAUACCUCAGCAAGCUCAAGGAGACGUGCCCCGCGCACGGCGGCGACGACAACACAAGCCCGAUGGACUACGUUUCGCCGUACGUCUUCGACAACGCCUACUUCGAGGGCCUUGUGCAGGGCGAGGGCGUGCUGUACUCGGACCAGCAGAUGUACUCGAGCCUCGUCGGCUACCAAACAGCCGAUUUAGUCAAGCAGUACUGGGCCGACCCGCUGCUGUUCUUCAAACAUUUCUCGGAUUCGAUGGUGAAGAUGGGGAACAUCACAAAUCCUGAGGGUGGUGAAGUGAGGAAGAACUGCAGAUUUGUGAACAGCUGAAUGCGCUUUCGCCUUUUUGGGUUCGUUUUUUAGUUGGUGCACGUACUAUUGCAUGCAUGCAUUGGUGGUUUUGAUUAUUGUCUUUGAUAUAUUGUAUGAACACGAAAUAAGAAUGUUUGCUCGAUCGAGAUUAUCAUUAUAUUGUUAUGUCGUGAUAGAGACAUGUUUAUUAUGUACGUACGUAGUCAAAUACAUCAUAAAUGUAUCUACAAAUUGGUAUUAAUAUUGAGGUCAGUUUUAUAUUGUA